CAGUACAUUGACUGCUCCUUUAGACUUCCGGAUUGUGAUUUCACGUGUAUUAUGCCAUGUUGAAGUGUUCGUUUUGUUUACAAUCUUAGGAAGCAAUUGGAUGUAUGAAGAGAGAUAUAAUGAAAUUUGUAGUGAAAAGUGUUACAAAUGGGAGCUGUCGUUUGGGUACAAUUGAGAACAUCGGAAGAUUCCAGAAGACAGUGGAAACGCCAAUGUGUAUGUUGUACACAAGAGGAGGCAGUGCUCCCCAUCUGACCCGAGACAUGCUACACAAGAUACAGGAUCUCCCUCCAGUUGCUAAUAUGGCUGUCAGCAUGGUAGCUGAACACCAUGAAGCACUUAAAGAAUAUGGUCAGGGGAUGGCCAGAUUUGCAGCUAUGCAGGAGUUUCUGGUGUACACAUCUCUGCAUGACACAAAUGUAGAGAUUCCAUCUGGGUACAACGAGAAGGGUGGAAGCGCAGUGUGGACGAAAGGUGGCAAGAUGAAGAUUGAUGUGGAUCUGUAUAUGAAGAUACAGUCGGCAGUCCAGCCAGACUGGUGCCAGGCCCUCUGUGAUCAUGACACAAAUGCUGAGUCAUCAAGAAAACGGGCAGUGAAAUCUGUAGACAGAACAUUAUCAUUCCUGGAUCAAAUAUUACAAAAACAGUCCAAUUAUGAGAGGCUGAAGAACACUGAGGUGUUUGGGGUGUUGGAGGGAGGCUGGAACGUAGCGGAGAGAGAACGGUCAGCAAAGGAAACAGCAGCCAGGUCGGUCGCAGGUUUUGUUAUUGAAGGAUUUCACAGUCUCGGCCCUUCAUCUGAAACUUUCAAGAUGUCCGACAUUGAAGAAAUAUUGCAGAAAACACUGAACCACCUCCCAGACGACAAACCAAGACUCAUGCAGUCAAUAUGGCCGCCAGAUGAAGUUCUUCAUGCAGUACAACGUGGUAUUGAUGUUUUUGAUAGCUGCUACCCCUACACAGUGACUGAGAGGGGAGGAGCCUUGAUAUUCCAGUACGACCACCACCAACCAGUGCAUCCGGAGUCUGCGGGGGACACCGUCACAAGUACAGGAUACGAGAUCUCCUUGAAAGACAAAGUUUACCAUGACGACUUCUCCCCGAUACUGAAGGGCUGUCCCUGUUAUACCUGUCAGAAGUUCACUAAAUCCUACGUCAACCAUCUCCUCAACACUUCAGAGCUUCUGGCUGGUGUGUUGCUAAUGAUACACAACUUUCAUCACUACUUCCAGUUUUUCAAGACAAUCAGACAGAGUCUAGAGGAAGGAAUGUUCGAAUCUCUGAAAGAUCUCAUCCUCAAACAGAAAAGUUGAUAUCAACUGUAGAUUAAUAAAUCAAUUUUAUGUCA